CCCCCGCACCCACACUCUCGCUGCAGUCCGCAGCACCCGCUCGCUCUCUCUACGCAGACCACACCUUCCACACCAACGCUAAUCUCUGCUCGAGCCGCACGCGCAGCCAUGGGCAAGAAGAAGGGCGCCAAGAAGGGCGGCGACGACUUCUUCGAGGACGGCGUGCCGGAGCUCGACGAGGCCGUGUCGUCGCCGUCGAGCGAGCGCAAGAGUGCCUUUGCCUCGCUCUCGCUCGACGAUGCGCCGUCGGCCGAUGUGCCGUCGGACGAGGAGGGCGGCGGCGGCCUCAUGGCGCAGAUGAGCAAGGCGCAGGCAAACGCCAGCGCCGGCAAGGGCAAGAAGCAGAAGAAGAAGAAGCAGCAGGACGUCGAGGAUGUGUGGGACGAGCUGGGCGAGGACGUCAGCGGCAAUGCGGCAGAUGUGCCCAAGGAGCCCGAGGUGGCCGACGCGGCCGACGAGUUCCCGGACCCGGCAGAGGAGAAGCGGAAGAAGAAGGGCAAGAAGGAGAAGGCCGAGCCGGAGGACGAGGAGAUGGAGAAUGUAGACAAGGCCGAGCCGGAAGAGGACGGCGUGGGCGAGGUCAAGAUUCUCUCCAAGAAGGAGAAGGAGAAGCUGAAGAAGGAGAAGGAGAAGGCCAAGAAGAAGGCGCAGGCCGCAGCAAAGAAGUCGGCGGCCGGCGGCGACGCCAAGGACGGCGACGACGAGGCGGCUGCGCCGGCUGCCGAGGAGGCCAAGCCCGCGCCCGCUGCUGCGCCAGCGGAGAAGGAGGACGAGGAUGAUGAGGACGAGGGAGCAGCGGGCGGCGCAGACAAGAAGAAGAAGAAGAAGAAGAAGAAGGCGGCAGACAAGGAGCCGGCACCGGCGGCUGCGUCAGGCAAGAAGCCCUCAGCUGCCAUUGCUGCGCUGCAGGCGCGCCUGGCCGCGCAGAAGAAGGCCGAGGAGGAGGCUCGACUGGCGGAGGAGGAGGCGCGGCGAGCCGAGGAGGAGGCCGAGCGGCUCGAGGCAGAGGAGGAGGCGCGCAAGGAGGCCGAGCGUGCACGCAAGAAGGAGAAGGAGCGGGCCAAGCGCGAGCAGCUCAAGAAGGAGGGCAAGCUGCUCACGCCCAAGCAGAAGCAGGAAAAGGCCGCCGCCGAGGCGCGCAUGCAGGCCAUGAUCCGCAGCGGCCAGAUCAAGGUCGAGGCGCUGGAGCGCAAGGACGACGACGACGGCGCGGCGCCCGAGAAGCGCAAGGUCGUCGACUCGCGCAAGAAGCGCGGCGGCAAGGGCCCCAGCGGGCCGCCGAACAAGCUUGCGCCCAAGGGCCCGCUGGAGCCUGUGGCGCCGGCCGAGGAGGAGGAGCCGGAGCCGGUCAAGGAGCCGGAGCCGGAGCCGACACCCGAGCCGGAGGCGCCCGCACCUGCUGAGGAGGAGGAGGAUGACGUGCUCGACAGCUGGGACGCCGAGAGCGACGAUGACAAGGAGGAGCAGCCGGCCAAGGCCUCCGAGUCAGCCGCUGCGGCGCCGGCAAAGGCAAAGGAGGUUGCCAAGCCCGCGGCCAAGCCUGCUGCAGCCGCAAAGAAGGCCGCCGAAUCGGAGAGCGAGAGCGAGUCGGAGAGUGACUCCGACGACGACUCGUCUGACGAUUCCGACUCGGACGACUCCUCGUCGGAGGAGGAGAUGACGGCGGCGCAGAAGCAGGCGGCGCAGCGCAAGGCUGAGCAGAUCGCGCGGCUGAAGGCCAAGAAGGAGGCAGCACAGGCCGAGGUCAACAAGGACGACCUGCGCUCGCCCAUCUGCUGCAUUCUCGGCCACGUCGACACGGGCAAGACGAAGCUGCUCGACAAGAUCCGCCAGACGAACGUGCAGGGCGGCGAGGCCGGCGGCAUUACGCAGCAGAUCGGCGCCACGUACUUCCCCGUCGAGGUGCUCAAGGAGAAGAUUGCGCCGAUCGACCCCGAGGAGAAGCAGGUGUUCAAGACGCCCGGCCUGCUCGUCAUCGACACGCCCGGCCACGAGUCGUUCACGAACCUGCGGACGCGCGGCAGCUCGCUGUGCAACAUUGCCGUGCUCGUCGUCGACAUCAUGCACGGCCUCGAGCAGCAGACGCUCGAGUCGAUCCGGCUGCUGCGCGACAAGAAGACGCCGUUCAUCGUUGCGCUCAACAAGAUCGACCGCCUGUACGGCUGGCAGGCGACGCCCAACGGCGGCUUCCGCGACAGCCUGGCCAAGCAGAACAAGUCGACGCAGAACGAGUUCGACACGCGCCUGCAGGCCACGAUCGUCGCCUUCGCCGAGCAGGGCCUCAACGCCGUGCCGUACUACAACAACAAGAACUUUGCCAAGAACGUGUCGCUGGUGCCGACGUCGGCGCACACGGGCGAGGGCAUCCCGGACAUGCUGCAGCUGCUCGUGCAGCUCACGCAGGAGCGCAUGGCCGCGUCGCUCAUGUACCUCUCCGAGCUCGAGUGCACCGUGCUCGAGGUCAAGGUCAUCGAGGGCCUCGGCACGACGAUCGACGUCAUUCUCUCCAACGGCGUGCUGCGCGAGGGCGACAAGAUUGUGCUGUGUGGCUUGAACGGCCCGAUCGUCACCAACGUCCGCGCGCUUCUCACGCCCGAGCCGCUCAAGGAGAUGCGCGUCAAGGGCGCGUACGUGCACCACAAGCUCGUCAAGGCGGCCCUCGGUGUCAAGAUCUCGGCACCGGGCCUCGAGAAGGCCAUCUCCGGCUCGCGCCUGCUCGUGUGCACCGACGACGAUGACGAGGAGGAGCUGAAGGACGACGUCAUGAGCGACCUCAAGGAUCUGCAGCGCUGGAUCUCGACGAGCGGGAAGGGCGUGUGCGUGCAGGCCUCGACGCUCGGCUCGCUCGAGGCACUGCUUGAGUUCCUCAAGCAGGGCAAGAUUCCCGUCAGCGGCAUCGACAUCGGCCCCGUGUUCAAGAGCAGCGUGCGGCGCGCCUCGACGAUGCUCGACAAGGGCCACACCGAGUACGCGUGCCUGCUGUGCUUCGACGUCGAGAUCGACAAGGAGGCCGAGAAGCUGGCGGGCGAGAUGGGUGUGCACAUCUUCUCCAAGAUGACGAUCUACAACCUCGUCGACGACUACAAGGCCUUCUACGACAACCUUAUGGAGGCACGCAUCAAGGACGCCGCGCCGACGGCCGUGUGGCCGUGCCGCCUCAAGACGCUCGCCGUCUUUGCCAAGCGCGAGCCGAUCAUCCUGGGCUGCGAGAUCCUCGACGGCGACCUGCGCAUCGGCACGCCGCUCUGCGUCGUCAAGGUGCACCCCGAGACGAAGAAGCGCGAGGUCGUGUCAUUGGGCCGCGUCACUUCUCUCGAAAUCAACCACAAGCCCAAGGACAUCGUCACGCGCAAGGAGCAGGGCGCCGGUGUGGCCGUGCGCAUCGAGUGCGCCGUGUACGAGCAGAGCAAGACGUACGGCCGGCAUUUCGAGGAGAAGGACGAGAUCUACUCGAUGAUCUCCCGCACCUCGAUCGACACGCUCAAGGAGCACUUCUGGGAGAAGGUCUCCACGGACCAGAAGAAGCUCAUCAAGGCGCUCAAGCCGCUCUUCAACAUUCCCUGAGGCGCUGCACUCCUGCCCCUCUCCUGCAUCUGCUCUGCUGUCUCCCUUCUCUAGACGACGUGUGCGCCAUGCGUCGCGCACAUGCAUGCUGUACGACGCUCGCUGCUCAGCCGCUGGGCGUUCGAGAAAGCAUGUGUGGUAUUUUGGAUGAUGGUGAGCCG